UUUUCCAUCCCGUAAUAAGCCCUAUGUAAUCGAUAACCCCUCUACUCCCUCUACUAAUACGAAAGACCAUUUUAAACAUCACCAGCCAUCAUGGCUACCUCUACCUUCAAUUCCAAGUCACCAACUAUCAGGCGCAUAUUAAAAGAAGCAGCCGAGCUCUCCACCUCCCCAUCCCCAGACUACACAGCAGCACCCCUCGAAUCCGACCUCUUCGAAUGGCACUUCACGCUGCGGGGCCCGCCGAAAUCCGCCUUCGCCGAGGGCAUAUACCACGGGCGAAUCAUACUUCCGCCGGCGUACCCGCACCGUCCGCCGUCGUUCCGGUUCACCACGCCGAGCGGCCGCUUCGAAGCCAACCGGGAGAUCUGCCUGAGCAUCUCGGGACACCACGAGGAAUCGUGGCAGCCGGCGUGGGGGGUGCGCACGGCGCUGGUCGCGCUGCGCUCCUUCAUGGAGACGGACGCGCGCGGCCAGCUCGGCGGCCUCGAUACCAACGACGCCGUGCGCCGCAAGCUUGCCGUCGAGAGCCGCGCCUGGCGCUGUCCCGUGUGCGCUAGGACCAACGCCGAGAUCAUUGCCGAGUGCGAGCAGCGGUGCGCCGAGGCCGAUGGCGAGACGAAGGAGGAGGUUGAGGUCCCUGCUGAGCUGAAGAUGGGCUUCCGCGACGAGAUGGAGAAGGCGAGGGCUGCGGCUAAUAGCGAGGGCGAGAAGGAGGAUGCGGAGAGUGCGGAGUUGGCGGAGGGCUUUGUGCAGACUGUGCCGAGGAGGGAAGAUCCGCUGCCUGCUCCUAGACCUGCACAGGGGGUUCCGACGCCGACGCCGACGAGAACGAUACCAUUGCCAACAGCUGUAGGGCAGUCUGCGCCGCUGCAGACUUCAAGGAGGGUAGAUCCGAACGCGGGAGUGCCGCCGUGGGUCGACUACGCGAUCGUGUCGUUGGUGGUGAUAUUGAUUGCGAUGUUGACGAAGAUCAUUAUAGGUCAUUAGUGGUGACAAGAGGCGAACAUGGGCAAUCGGCGUUAUAGGCGGGACAAAGGCGUUAUUGAAUUACAUGCGACAGCGGGUAGUGAUACCAUGGAAGAACUGAAUUAGAGAUUGAAUUUAAGGCUUCGGACGCUACCCGAAACGAGCUACACGAAUUUAAGUUUAUAGAAACUUAUGGGAAACUUGCAAUUGAAACGCUCUCUUUAAUGCGGACUACAAUGUCGAAAUCGGGUAAUAUAAGAUGAGGCGAUGGUUGAAGAACUGGGUGGUUAACUACAAGUUGAUAAAUGCCACGAUCUUGAUAACUUCCUAGUAAAGUUCUAGUUAACCCAAAAGGAAAAGAGCCAAGAAUCUGGCGCUAGACGGGAUCGAAUCGAAUCGC